ACCCUUCCACGCUCCGGCAUCAACCACAUUGCUCCAUACGACCGAGCACCGCCGCCCAAGGAACAAGAUGGUAAGUUCCUAGUCAUCACGACUCUAAUGGCCACAGCUCGUGAGUCGAUUGUGCGAAAGCGCAGUUACUCUCCACAGUGUCGCUCGCGACCCGUUGGAAUUCCGCCUGCGUGCCGCUCGCGGCCCAGGUGAAGACUUGGCUGGAGACGCGACGAUGUGCUGAAAUAUGCCACGCCGUGUUCUCAUUAGAGUUCAAAGAAGACCACUUGGCUUGAGCAACUCGCUGAUGUCUUCUUUUCUCAAUGACAGCCCCCCAAAUCCGGAAAGAAGGUGGCUCCGGCCCCUUUCCCUCAGGGAAAGGCUGGCUCGAAGAAGGCUCCCAAGAACCCUCUCAUCGAGAAGCGCCCGCGAAACUUCGGUAUCGGUCAGGACAUCCAGCCCAAGCGCAACCUUUCGCGCAUGGUUAAGUGGCCCGAGUAUGUCCGCCUCCAGCGCCAGAAGAAGAUCCUGCAGAUGCGCCUGAAGGUUCCCCCUUCCCUGGCCCAGUUCCAGCAUGUCCUCGACCGCAACACUGCCGCCCAGGCCUUCAAGCUUCUCAACAAGUACCGCCCCGAGACCAAGACCGAGAAGAAGGAGCGCCUUCUGAAGGAGGCUACCGCCAUUAAGGAGGGCAAGAAGAAGGAGGACGUCAGCAAGAAGCCGUACACCGUCAAGUACGGCCUGAACCACGUCGUUGGCCUCAUUGAGAACAAGAAGGCCUCGCUGGUCCUGAUCCCCAACGACGUCGACCCCAUUGAGCUGGUUGUCUUCCUGCCUUCUCUGUGCAAGAAGAUGGGUGUUCCCUAUGCCAUCGUCAAGGGCAAGGCUCGUCUGGGUACUGUUGUCCAUAAGAAGACUGCCGCUGUCCUGGCCGUUACCGAGGUCCGCUCCGAGGACAAGAACGAGCUGUCCAAGCUGGUUUCCGCCGUCAAGGAGGGCUUCAUGGACAAGCACGAGCAGGCUCGGAGACAGUGGGGUGGUGGCAUCAUGGGCGCCAAGGCCCAGAUGCGCACGCUCAAGAAGCAGAAGGCUCUGGAGGCUGCCACCAAGAUUUAAGCUGUCUAAUAUCCAUCCUUGAUGCAUUGGGGUUUCGGGUUUCACGGUGUUGCAGGUUUCAGGGCAUGAAAAAUGAAUUGAGAUUUUUAGCGACAACCUGUGUUUGCCGCUUCCUAUGCACGCAUGACUCGCACCCCCAAAUGACUCUGUUCCUGAACAAUGGACAAACAUUGAGAGCUCUGCAUGCACCGUGAUGAGUAUGUGUAACCUGCACUCAUGACUGAGUAUUGGGAGGUCAAGUCGUUGAGACGCUCGAACCGCUCUGGCAACAUAUCCCAACCCAGGCUGCUGCAUUAGCAGUGAAUGAUCAGCCGCUGUUCGGUGCAGCUUUUAAGACGGGUGGUUGCUGGGAACAUUUUGAAGCUGCCUCUCCGCGUGUGCAACCGUUACAAACUCCCAGGCAAUGCACACUUGCCCUAAAGAGAGACCUUGCGGCGUGAAAGAGAAGUGCC